AUGGGCAUGUUACGGAAAUUGUCGCAAGCGAGCUCUGAUUCUCUACUACCAACCAGAUUCAUCAAUUAUGCUGAAUCCAAAAGAUUAUCUUCGGGUGGGCCACAUUUGCCGCCUUGGGGACCGGUUUCCGCCCUAGACGAAUGGGUUGCAAAAGAAGCCAGGCCAAUCUCCAUCAGACAGCUAAUGGUUUUCGGACGUUUCUUGAGCGAGCCUAGACUGAUACGUUCAGCAAACUAUGUGCGCACCGAACUUCCUCGACGCCUGGCGCAUCGGAUUCGAGAUAUACAGACUUUGCCAUACGUCGUGGUCACGAAUCCUUAUAUGAGCCAAGUCUUUGAACUUUACUACAAGGCAUUUGAGACACUCCGCCGAGUACAGGAAAUCAAAAACCUCGAAGGUAAUAAAUUCUUUUGUGAAACAAUCCGGGAGACGUUAGACGAACAUUUGGAGGUCAUACCAAAGCUAGCAAUGGGUAUCUUGGAAUGUCGUGAUCUCAUGAAGCAACAAGACUUAGAUGUGUUUAUGAACACAAUUCUUCGCUCUCGAAUUUCUCGCCGUGUCAUCGCCGAGCAACAUAUAGCAUUGACUCAAACCUUCAACCUCCGCCAGCGCCCUACCUUUCCCACCACUCAAUCCCGCAGUGAUGCAGUGGGCGAGGUUUUCCCGAAGUGUAAUGUCAGUACUCUCAUCCAACGCUGUAUGGCCGUUGUCUCAGCAAUUUGCUCUGCUUCUUACGGACCUUCAGUUACACUUCCGAAAGUACAAAUCAAAGGUCAUGUCACGGCAACAUUUCCAUAUAUUCUUACACAUCUUGAGUAUGUAAUCGGAGAGUUACUACGCAAUUCUAUUCAAGCUACUGUGGAGGCACAUAAGUUUGAGGAAGAGCCCCCUCCAAUUGAGGUCACGAUUUGCGAGACGCAUUUGCACGUUACUAUUCGCGUGUCUGAUCGGGGUGGUGGUAUUGAUCCUGACGUACAUUCCCAUCUUUGGUCAUUUUCCAAAGGGGCCCGGAGCAUACAAAUCAUGGAUAAUCUUUCCCGUGUCCCCAGAAUGGCUGCUACACUUCAGGAGCUACGUAUUUCUACUCAUUGGGAAAAAAUGAAACCCUUGAACCCCACUGGAUCGAUCCCUACCCCUUCCCUUAAGUCUAUUUACGAAGACGGUAAUACUUUAGACCUAGGAAGCUUAAGCAAUUUAAGCGAGCGACCAGCGAAUCUUCGGCUAGGUAUGGGAUUGCCUCUAAGCCGGGUUUAUGCUGAGUACUGGGCAGGGAGUCUGGACCUUCACAGCCUUGAUGGCUACGGAACCGAUGUGUUUCUGGGAAUUAGUAAGCUGGGAAAUAGGAAUGAGCAAGUAAGUACCCGUGCUCGUAUGGAUGCGUUGUGA